AUGGCAGCGCCGUCUUCACUGCCCGACCUGCCACUCAAUUAUCUCAAGGCUCUUGAGCUGAUCGACGAGGCCCACAAGCAAGAUCCCAGACCGUCGUCCGUCGAGUCGGUUCCCUUUGAGCUUCACUAUGCCCAAAAGAUGACGCGCUGGCUCGCCAUGAGGAGUCCGGCGGCGGCCCCCGUCUUGCAAUUAGCAUGCCGAGCCCAGCAUUUCAGGAGAUGGGAGAUCCCCCGCAACACCUACCCAAUGACCCGCCCGGGCUACCUCAGUUGGCGCGCGAAGCUCAAGUCCCAAGCCGCUGCCCAGGUGGCCGAGCUCCUCGCAACGUCGUCCGCUAUCCAGCCCGCCAUUCCCGAGGAGGACGUCAACCGCGUGGCGGCGCUCAUCCGCAAGGAAAAUCUCAGCAAGGACGAGGAGACGCAGGUGCUUGAGGACGUAGCGUGCCUCGUCUUCCUCGACGACCAGUUUGACGACUUUGAGAGCAAGGAGGAGAAUGACGAGGACAAGAUCAUUGGGAUCCUCCGCAAGACGUGGGCCAAGAUGAGCGAGGAGGGGCAUGCGCUAGCGUUGAAGAUGAACCAUAGUGAGAGGGCCCUGAGUCUCAUUGGGAAGGCUUUGGCGGGGUGA